GGCUGAAAUGCUCCAGAAUGGUUGAAGUUCCCGUCAGGUUCAAGUGCCCGCUUGACCAGGGGACCAGGCUCCAAGGGAACCUACUGACGCAAGCUCCAGGCCCCCAGACAUAAAGUUCCCCAGUCAGACAAGCCAAUACUCCACCUUCUCCUCCGCCUCUCGUACGUAUCGUAUCGCAUCACCAACAAGCUAGACUAGCUGAGCUGAGAGCUGCCUAAGCUACCCCUACUUACCACUCGACAACUUGUCUUUAUCAACUUUCCUUCCAUCUCUUAAUCAUUCCAUCACCCUAACUGCUCUCCAACUCCCAAACUUGCCGCGGGCAGGUCAACUUACCAUACGAAUUCCUUCCCUUCCCUUAACAUAGCUCACUUGAGCAACCCGCCCUGACAAUGGGCGCGUGGAACCUCUUCCGUGUUCUGGGCGACUUGUCCCACGCCCUCUCGAAAUGCAUCCUCAUCUUCGCCAUCCACCGCAACCGCAGCGCCGAGGGCGUCUCCCUCAUCACGCAGGUCCUGUACGCUCUCGUCUUCUGCACCCGCUAUCUCGACCUGUUUAGAGAGAGUGUGCCAUGGAACAUUGUCUUCAAGAUCUUUUACAUCCUUUCGUCGAUUUAUAUUCUGGCCAUCAUGCAAUGGAUCUACCCUCGUUCCCGCGAGCGUGAGGUCUCUUGGAAGAUUGGCGCUGUCAUUCUUGGCGGCUCCUUCAUCCUGUCGCCAAUCGUCAUGCUCAUCUUUGAGAGAGGCGAGCACCGAGGUUUCCAGACUUGGAUGUGGGUGUUUUCCCAGAUUCUCGAAUCCGUCUGCGUCCUCCCUCAACUCCUCCUCCUGAGACAGACAACCGUCCCCACCGUCAUCGACUCCUUCUACCUCGUCGCCCUCGGCUCCUACCGCGCGCUCUACUGCCUCAACUGGUUCAUCCGCGAAUUCGAAAUGCACGGCCGAGGACCCAACAUCAUCUCCGUCAUCUUUGGCGUCAUCCAGACUGCUCUCUACGUCGACUUUGCCUGGGUUUACUAUACUCGCCAGCGCGUCAAGCUCCGUGGCGGCGGCAUCGUUGACGCUGAUGACAUGAGCCGCAGCUGGCUUCUCCGUCGCAUCUUUGGCAAGCGCUUCGUCCACGACGAGGAGGAUGACGAGGAGAAUGGUCCUGGCGGCUUCGACGAUGAGCAGGGUGGCAACAGGCGCGGGGCUCGUCCCAAGUGGGGAGCUCGUGGUAUUUCAGUCAGCGCAGACGAUGGUGUUCUCGAGCAGGAACGACACAACCGCGACCAAGACGAGUUUGGUGGUCCAGUUGAUCCCGAUGCCAAGAUGCAAGACCCCGAUGAGCUUGCGCGAGCGCUGGACGACGAUGAUGACGAGAACACACCUCUGCGACCUGGUCAAACAGAAGGCCAACCCAGCGGUCUCCAGGGCGGCGAGGGCUGGCGCGACUAAGCUUAUCAUAAGCUCAAGCUGGCGCCAUUUCCCCGCAUGAUUUUACAGGAACAACUCGAACGGAGUAUCACGGAUUGUUUACUUGGGCUGUCUUGGAAGGUAUAACCCGAUUUGUCAUUUUUGGUGAAACGUUGAAUGCGAUGGAUGCACAGAACUGUUAGAAGAGAAGAGAUGGAGGAAACGGUCGGUGGGCGAACAUGAUUUUGGGUUUAAAUUAUGUAUCAUAGCGAAUUAUUUAACGGCAGAAUGGCUAGUGGGUAGCAGAUGCAAUGACCUUUAAGAUUUAUUAUGGUACUUUUGGCA